ACAACUCCAACCCAGGGACGCCCCGCCCCUCUGUCUCUGAGCGUGUCCCUCGAUCACCAGGGAGUCAGCGGAGCACUGACCCCUACACCCAGCAACCAUCCACACCGAGGCCGCAGAAGGGCCCUGAGUCCUUCAUCCAAGCCCCAGUGGAGAACUUCACCCCUCUGGCCCCAGGAGAGACCUUCACCCCGACCCCCCACCAGUCUCCAGGAAAACAACAGGACUCUUUUCCCAGAAGCAGUCAGACCCCAAAGCACCCUGGGAUGCCAGAAGACAGUUUCCCUGGUCAAACUCCAGGCCACGACCCCUUUGAGCAGGGUCACAUGACACCAGGCCUUUCACAGAUUGAGAAGACAGCAGCCAAUGAAAUGGCAGUGCUGGGUGUGGCCUCUCUAGAUGGACCAAUGAGCAUUCUCCCGCAGCCUGGUGACUCAGAGGAGAAGUUGCGACAGCGUCAGCGGUUGCGUCAGCUCAUCCUGAGGCAGCAGCAGCAGAAAUGUGCAUUACGUCAGGAGAAAGGUCUCCAGGAACCAGCUUCAGGACCACCUUCAUCUCUUACUGUUCCACCUGCUCCUGGUUCAGGGACACCCCGUCACUGGUCUCAGGACGACCCUUCAACUCCUCCAGCAGAAUUGUUUGCACGCCCCCCACCUCCCUACCCCGGCACUGUGAGACCUGGUGGUCUGGCAGUGGCUCCAGUUUCGAGCUUCCCUGGAGGUUUCUCAGGGGAGCAGCAGAGAAGCUUCACGCCCAGCGAUGCUCCGUUCCCCAGGCAGAGCUUCCCCAGAGAGCUGGGUGUUAGAGGACCGGUCCUGAGGUUCACUGUUCCUCCAGGAGCUCCAGUUCCCCAGGACUCAUUUUUGCGACCUCCCCAGGGUUCGUUGCCUGGUUCUGGGCUCAGUGGAGCAGAGGGAGUCCCGGUCCAGAUGAGGAGGCCGUUGACUGGAGAGUUCACUGGCAACCGACCCCUCCCCAGUCCUAACGCUCUCCCACCCAUGAUACCAGGUGUCCCCCAGCCGUUCCUCCCACGUUCCCUCCCCAUCCAACAGCACAGCAUCAGGGGACAGCCUUACAUCGAGCUCCGACACCGGGCCCCUGAGAAUCGCCUGAGGCUGCCCUUCCCUCCACCUGAGGCCCCGCUGCUGCACCCCAGAGACCCACAGCUGUCCAGCGUCAGGCCCAGUCAAGGUCCUAGGAUGGGCGAGAUCCCUCUGGGCGUGCAGAUGGUGAUUGCGGGUGGCGUGGAGCAGCUGAACCAGCAGCACCUCAGCCACACGACAGCUCUGACUCAAAGUGGCCCAGAGUCAACUCUCCCAGUGGCUGAGGGGAUUGAGGAGCACCUGGAGGGGGAGGAGUCUGCUGUGAAAGACCUUGAGGAUGUGGAGGUGAAAGAUCUGGUCGACCUCAACCUGAACCUCGACCCUGAAGACGGUAAAGAGGACCUGGAUCUGGGUCCUAACGACUUACAUCUUGAUGACUUCCUGCUGUCCGGUAAGUUUGACCUGAUCGCCUACGCUGACCCGGAGCUCAAUCUGGAGGACAAAAAGGACAUGUUCAACGAGGAGCUGGACCUCGGGGAGCCGGAUGACAAGGACGGGGGAGAGAGGAGUGAUGUUGCAGAGGGGUCCAGAAGGACAGAUAGCCACUUCCACCCGACGGCCCAGGUUAAACAGGAAGUGAAGGACUGCGUUAAGAUAGAAGUUAGAGACGAUCCCUCAGCAGACCUGCACCUGACAACACAACCUGGAGCUGUCGCCAGAACUCAAGGACCCCCAGGAGCUCCAGGGACCAAGGCAGCAGGCUCCAGCCAGGUCGGCUCCUCUGCCCUUCUCGCCAAGGAGAAGGUGGAGGACUUGGGGGUCGUUCCUGCUCUUCAGGCCCAUGAACUGGCUCCGAUGUCAGUCAUGGCUCCUAGGGUUCAACCCCCUGCAGCUGCAGGGCAACCAUCCGUCUUCCAGCAGCAGCAGAGACCCUUUGGACCCUCGUCCCUCCUCACCCCUCAUCCACUCUCCGUUCAACCCCCCCAACACCAUCUCCUUCUCAACACUCAGAACCAACUUCCACACCUGGGAGCGUCCACUCAGAACCAGAUGCAGAACCUAAGCAAAGCUCGGCCCCUGCUCUUGGAGGAGCAGCCCCUCCUCCUGCAGGAACUCCUGGACCAAGAGCGUCAGGAGCAGCAGCAGCAGAAACAGAUGCAGGCACUGAUCCAACAGAGGUCCACCUCAGACACUCUGUUCCCCAACAUAGGUAAGACCUGA